AUGCUAUCUUAUAUAUCUGCUGCCUUCCAGUCCCCGGUCGAAGGCGUACAGCAGCGACCUCCACGGUAUGCCGGUGAAGAUACCACACCAACAACCCGCCGGGAGAUCUUAGGAUGGUAUUCCUACGGGAUUGCAGCUGAAGUGUUCGCGGUCUGUGGUGUAGGCUCUUUUCUACCUCUCACCUUGGAACAAUUAGCCCGAGAGCGCGGCACCCUACAAACGAGCCGCCUUCCCUGUGUCGGAUCAUCCGCAGGGAACAGCACGAAUAAUGCUGAACAUGGCCCAUGUGUGGUUCCGGUCUUCGGCCUGGAGCUCAACACAGCCAGCUUCGCCAUGUACACCUUCUCACUGGCAGUACUUAUCCAGGCGCUGACACUGAUAUCGUUCAGCGCGCUGGCGGAUUACGAGAACAAUCGCAAGACAUUGCUGAUGGUAUUCGGAUUCGCCGGUGCGCUCGCCAGCAUGUUGUUCAUAUUCAUUGCACCGCCCGUCUUCGUUCUUGGAUCGAUAUUGGUAGUCGUCGGUGUGACCUGUCUCGGUUCUUCCUUUGUUGUGCUGAACUCUUACCUGCCUGUGCUCGUGGCCAACGACCCGUCACUGCAAGAGGGGAAGGCCGAUGACGGCGCGGAAAUGUCGAGCUUUGACCGAGACGGAGCUAACUCGGGGUGGAAUGCCUGGGGUAACGAUGAUGCCGACGACGAUAGUUUAGAUGGACUUCAACCAUCGGGGCAGCCACGAAGCUCACUAGAAGGUGGAAUGGGACCCAAGGGCCCGCCGUCGUCUUCACCGGAGCUGCAGCUGUCGACCAAAAUCUCCUCCAGGGGGAUCGGUCUUGGAUAUUGUGCUGCUGUGUUUGUCCAAAUCAUCAGUAUUAUCAUGCUCAUCACACUAUCCAAGACCUCCCUUGCAAAAGUGUCUGCCACUCUCCCCAUGCGCUUUGUUUUGCUCCUGGUCGGCAUCUGGUGGGGCGUAUUCACCUUGGUCACCCGUAAUUUGCUCAAGACCCGGCCGGGGCCACCUCUGGAUACUGUCUCUACCAAGGGCGCCGGAAGAUGGCGGGCCUGGCUACGACUAGUCGGCUUUGCGUGGAAAUCACUGUGGGAGACAGUCAAAGUAGCCAGCAAACUGCGUGAAGUCCUUAUCUUCCUCGUAGCAUGGUUCCUCCUCUCCGAUGCAAUGGCCACUGUUUCAGGAACAGCCAUCCUGUUCGCGCGCACGGAACUCAAACUGAGCACCCCGCUGAUCGGGCUCCUCUCUAUCACCGCUACGGUAUCCGGCAUGACGGGCGCAUUCCUAUGGCCACAUGUGUCUCGGUAUUUCGGCCUACAACCGAAUCACACCAUCAUCGUCUGCAUUGUCCUUUUUGAGUUAAUUCCACUCUACGGGUUGCUUGCUUAUAUCCCCUUCAUCAAAAACUGGGGUGAGGCUGCAUUCUACGCUCUUUAUGCUGCUACUGACAAGGGGAGUUCGUUCAUUGGACCGGCCAUCGUGGGUGCCCUUGUUGAUGUGACUGGUCAGGUUCGGAGUGGGUUUUUCUUCAUCGCGGUGAUAAUUAUUCUGCCUAUUCCGCUUGUCUGGAUGGUUAAUGCGGACAAGGGUCGUCGUGAAGGUUUGGCUAUGGCUGAGACCCUAGACAAGUCACAUGGUGGGCCUGCUGAGUAUGCCGAAGAAGCUGAAGGGCUUCUUGCUCGCCAGUAG